AUGAUCAAGAAGGUGGUUGGUACCGGCACGGUGGCUGACAUCCUCAUCCGUCUCCAAGCGUUGCUCAAUGUGGGACCUCCCCCCACCGGCAUGGACACCUUCGCGAAGUACCAAGCGACGACCAUCGAGCUGUUCAACACGCUCUCGGGACACGGGCUUACUUUCAAGCAGAUCGUGUUGUUCCGCCUUGUCCACUUCGGCAAGGACAUGUAUCGCAAGUACUACACACAGACACUUAGGCAAGGCUUGGACAAGCUACCAAGCCCGAUGGAGUGUCACGAAUGGGAGUUUCGCCACUCCAAGUUCGGCCUCUCAGCACCCACGUCAUCCGCGUGACUUCGGCCUUCCCGCACUUCGGACCUCCUCUCCCCGCUUCGGCACCUGCACUGCCUUCUUCUCCUCCAACUAUACGCUCACAACCCUCUCGCCCCCGACUCUUACGUGAACAUCAACCAAGCUCUAUUAUGUGAUCCUUGGCCUCAACACUAUUACGUGAUCCUCGUGCCUCGCCUCCUCAAGCUCGCCACCUCGUCCCCGACUCCUCUGGUCUAG